AGAGCUAUAAACAAAAACAAGUGUCUAUAGAAAUAAAAGCAGCGAUAAAAACAGAAAGCAAAUCAAAUAAUGAACUCACCACAGCUGGCGCCCACCACGGCGCAAUCUCACCACGCUGAGAGCGGCGACCAAACAGCGACGCCUGGAAAUAAAUAUGCGCCUGGAAGAAGGCUAGCUGCGCGGCAAACACUUCGCUUGGCCAUCCCGAAGGCGCAACCCGGUGACCCACUGAACCAUCCAACGGGUGUGGGCCUCUUUCGCCCCUCCCCCUCGCAACUGCCACCUGCGCCGAUUUUGAAGCGCAUUCCAGCGGUCAGCGCCGCCUGCAGUGGCAUACCGAAGUCCGCCUCGCCACUGGAAUCGCAUCACCUGCCCAAUGUCACGCCCACCACCGCCACCGCCCACUCGCGACUGGCGUACGGCAUGCAGGGCGCGGGGGGAGGCGGCAGUGGCUGCUCCAGUGCCUCGUCAGCAUCCAAUUUUCUGGGCGUGCGCAAGCCCAGCCUGACCUUGAACUCAUCGGACAUCCGGAACAACAACGAUCUGUUCGCCUUUCCCAAGGACAUGUCGCCUGUGAUGAGUGAACACAGCCACUCGCCCAUGUUCACCGACAUAUCAUCGGCGAACAGCAAUGGUUCACCAACACAUCACCACCAGCUGGGCAGGCUAUUUAGCCUCAGUCCUUCGAGCAUCAGAAGUUACGGCAAUAUGACAGACUUCUCGGAUAGCUCGCCAAGUGGGGUGUUGAGUCCACCAUCCUCGCUGAUCGAGAAUUUCCACAAGAAGAACAGCUCACCGCAGCCAAUUGGCAGUAGCAGCACAAUAAGCACACUAACUCCAACGACCUUGAAUGGAGCUGUGGUGGGUGGUGGAGUGGGUGGUGCUGGACACCACAGCAUCGCGAAUGGCAGGCAAAUCAACACCAGCUCUAGUUCAUGCAGUAGUCUUAAGGAAACCUCACACCAGUCCACAUCCACAUCGCAACAGGUUGUCAACAGCAGCAGCAGCACAACGACGCGGGUGGAGAAGAAGUCUCAGCGCCUGCACCACCACAUAACCUCCUCAUCCUCCAGCUCCUCAACCACCCAGGCUCUGUCCACCUCAUCGGAGAUGAAGGCGGCGGAAAUCAAGCGCGAUCUCACAAACAUCCAGAAGUCCAUGUCGGAAAUCAACGAUCUGGCCAAGGAGCGAAUCACCGGCGGACCCGGUUCCAUUAGCACCACCUCAGCCUCGGCGAUCACAGCACCCGGCACAAUGUCCCAAACGACGACCAGCCGGCUGGCACCCAAACUCACAUCCGCCCAUCCGUCUAUCGACGAUCUCAGGGGUCUGAGCAGCCAGGACAAAAUCACCCAGCUGCAAAAGAAACUUCGCGCCUCGUUCGAGAACCUGGUGGACGACGAUGACAGCAAUGUGAUCGUGACCCUGCCGGAUGACGACGACUGCCCGCAUAACCACUUUGGCAGCGGACUCAACCUCACCCAUCCCACCGCCGCCCAGCUGAGUGCCAGUGGGCUGAGCGGGUCGAGCAAGACAAUCGACACGAUCAAGUUCCAGGAGAAGAGCAUGAAGACCGAGUCCAAGACCAAGGUGGUCACCGAUGGCUUCAGUUCCGAGCAGGCCACCAGCAACUCGGCGGAGAUGAAGCGUUUGCAGACCGGAGAUAUAGACUACCAAGAAAGCAAGGGUGCCUCCGCGAUGCGGAAUCGAUUGGAGGUGGAUGGUGUCAAAACGGAGGAGAAUGCAGCCGUCAUUAAGGAAGCCCUCUCCCUCCGCACCGGCGACAUCACACAGCAGGCGAGCAACAAUGUGGCGGCCUCCAGUAUUACGGUGCAAAGUGAGAAUUUCUCGGCGGACAAGAAGGCGAUAUCACAGUCGCAGCAAUCCCAGACGAUGACCUCCAAUGGGAUAAUAAGUCAGGAAAAACAUGUGUCCUCCGCAUCGCAGGCCAACUACUCGAUGUCGCACAAGGGCGUUUCCAGCAGCGGCAGUAGCAUGAUCACCAGCUCCUCUCAAAUGUCCGCGAUGAAUGGACAGAUGCUGAAGCUCGCCGAUCUCAAGUUGGAUGACCUCAAGUCGCUGACAGCGGGAAGUGGACAGCAGGAGAUCGAGCAGACCAUCAACAAGUAUUCCAACAUGCUGACCUCAAUAGUGAGCUCGCUGCAGGAGGAUGAGCGAGGUGGUAGUGCCAUAACCGUCCACGAUGUUGGUGGCAAGAAGUCCCAGUACCUGGAGAAGAUCAACGAAGUCAUACGGCGCGCCUGGGCAGUGCCCACACAUGGCCACGAGCUGGGCUACUCAUUGUGCAAUUCCCUGCGCCAAAGUGGCGGUCUCGAUCUUCUCAUGAAGAACUGCGUUAAGCCCGAUCUCCAGUUUUCCUCCGCACAGCUUCUCGAGCAGUGCCUAACCACCGAGAAUCGCAAACAUGUGGUGGAUAAUGGCCUGGAUAAGGUGGUCAACGUGGCCUGUGUCUGCACAAAGAACUCCAAUAUGGAGCACUCCCGCGUGGGCACUGGCAUCCUGGAGCAUCUGUUCAAGCACUCGGAGGGCACCUGUUCGGAUGUGAUAAGAUUGGGUGGACUGGAUGCCGUGCUCUUCGAGUGCCGCACCAGUGAUUUGGAGACACUGCGUCAUUGCGCCAGUGCACUGGCGAAUUUAUCACUCUACGGUGGAGCCGAGAACCAGGAGGAGAUGAUCCUACGCAAGGUGCCCAUGUGGCUGUUCCCAUUGGCCUUCCACAACGAUGACAACAUCAAGUACUAUGCCUGCUUGGCCAUUGCCGUGCUGGUAGCCAACAAGGAGAUUGAAGCCGAGGUGCUGAAGUCUGGAUGCCUGGAUUUGGUGGAGCCCUUUGUCACCUCCCACGAUCCCUCGGCUUUUGCGAGAUCCAAUCUGGCACAUGCCCAUGGGCAAAGCAAACAUUGGCUCAAGCGAUUGGUUCCGGUUUUGAGUUCCAAUCGCGAGGAGGCCCGCAAUCUGGCUGCCUUCCAUUUCUGCAUGGAGGCGGGUAUCAAGAGGGAGCAGGGUAACACCGACAUCUUCCGGGAGAUCAACGCUAUCGAAGCUUUGAAAAACGUGGCCAGCUGUCCCAAUGCCAUUGCAUCCAAGUUCGCCGCUCAGGCUUUGAGAUUGAUUGGAGAGACAGUGCCGCAUAAGCUGUCCCAACAGGUUCCUCUGUGGUCAGUGGAGGAUGUGCAGGAGUGGGUGAAGCAAAUCGGUUUCAACGACUACAUCGACAAGUUCAACGAGUCCCAGGUGGAUGGGGAUCUCCUGCUGAAGCUCAACCAGGAUAACCUGCGGGCUGAUAUUGGAAUCGGUAAUGGAAUCCUGCUGAAGCGUUUUGAACGCGAGUUGCAAAAUCUCAAGCGGAUGGCUGACUACUCAUCCAAGGACACGGCCAAGAUGCACCAAUUUCUCUCGGAGAUCGGUACUGACUACUGCACCUACACGUAUGCCAUGCUGAAUGCUGGCAUCGACAAGUGUGCACUGCCGCACGUUAACGAGGAUAUGCUGAUGACGGAGUGCGGCAUCCACAACUCGAUCCAUCGUCUGCGCAUUCUUAAUGCGGUCAAAAACCUGGAGAAUUCGCUGCCCAGCUCGUCGGAGGAGAAUAUGGCCAAGACGCUGGACGUUUUCGUUAGCUAUAGGCGGUCCAAUGGCUCCCAACUGGCCAGUCUUCUCAAGGUUCACCUGCAACUGCGUGGCUUCUCCGUCUUCAUCGACGUGGAGCGCCUGGAGGCGGGCAAAUUCGACAACGGCCUAUUGAACAGUAUUCGGCAGGCAAAGAACUUUGUCUUAGUAUUAACGCCCGAUGCCCUGCACCGCUGCAUUAACGACGAGGACUGCAAGGAUUGGGUGCAUCGCGAAAUUGUGGCUGCCCUCAACUCGAACUGCAACAUUAUACCCAUCAUAGAUCAGCAAUUCGAUUGGCCCGAGGUGGAGCGACUUCCCGAGGAUAUGCGCAGUGUGGCCCAUUUUAACGGUGUUAAUUGGAUCCACGACUACCAGGACGCAUGCAUCGAUAAGCUCGAAAGAUUUUUGCGCGGCGAAAAGAAUAUCGAUCGCAUUGCGGCGAUGGUGCCCGGCACCCCCGGUUCGGUCUCAUACCAAAGAAUGCACAGCAACGACUCCGACUACCAGAGCGGAGGCGCAGGCGGAGGAUCAGGAGCAGGAACUGGAGGAGGAGGUGGUGGCGGCGUUACGGGCAGUGUGGUGGAUGGCCUGAUGGUGACGGCCAAUGGCAGCGGACAAGCUAAUCACCAGGCAAAUAGGUACCGCCAAUCCCCCUCACCGGCCCGCCAAAGGGGCAGCACCUCGCAGCUGAGUGGCUAUUCCCGUGCGCCCUCGAAACGCUCCCAGAUCCUCACCCCCUAUCGCACCCAGCAGGCAGCCCUGCUCCACAAAACCGGAGCGGGUUCCGCGUCCAUGCAGAAUAUGAUGCCGUUGGCGUAUCUGCCUCCGCGGAGAAGUUCCGCCGCUGGAUUGGGACAUGGAUCUGGUUCCGGCAUGGGCAGUGGCUAUCGAUCGCACAGUGUGGAUGGGCUUCUAGAUCAGGCGGGCUCAACUCCUGAGCAGAGAAUAGCAGCCGCUGCGGCCAAGGUGACGGCGGGAAGUACAGCUCUAACCAACGCCAGUUCCACCAGCACACUGCAACCCGAAGAAGAGGUGACGGAAGCGCCGCUCAGUGAAUCGGUGACCCGGCGUGAUAAGCAUACUUUAACUCCACCGGGAAAUGUCCAGCAGCAUAGAAAGUCCCGAAGUCUGGACCAUAUUCUCAGCAAACAGACUUUGGCAGAGCUGCUACCGCCGAGUAGCGACCUCGCAAAUGAAACGCAGAGUAUGCAAAACCUGGCCAUUCCAAUGACCCCGCAACCCCAACGAAGGGACACCAGCUCCUCCUCGAAAUCCCCCACGCCCGAAAGACCACCACAACCCGCCAAGGAACGGGUGAGGGAACGCCAGAGUCCCGAGGGUGUGAGUGCGACGGAGAGCGAGCGGGAGGAUCAGCCGGAUGAAUGUCUGCGACAUGGCAAUCAACAGAGGGCAUCGGCCUCGGUGCAUCGGGGAGCCAGCUUGACCAGCAACAAGACCUCCAACUCGUCUCUGGGCUCCAACUUUAGUGCCGGAGGAAACAACAAGACGAUAUUUAAUCGAACGAUGAAGAAGGUCCGCUCGCUGAUAAAAAAACCAUAAAUGCGAAAUUGGCUAACCGCAAUCCGUUGUAACUGUUGUUAUCGUUGUGCCUGUUGUGCCUGUUGUACUGCACCCGCCCACAAAAGCACCCACCCACCAAAUCUACUUCGAUUUCCAUUCGGGAAAAAAACCCAUCAUCGCACCUGUGAGAUCAAUAACGACGCCCACUCAGCAUCCGCCGUCUCGACAACCAACAUUCAUUGUUAUUUAUUACCAAGCAAGCAACACAAAAAAAAAGAAAAUAAUCAAUCAAAGCAAAUAGCGAUACCAAUAAACGUGUAUACAAUUGCAUAAACCGAAAGAGUCCCCUCCCGAACAUUUUUUAAUUUGUAUCUUACCCAUCGCUCCUUCCAUCUUGAAACAGCAACGAAAUGGAGGACGAGGAACUCUCGGGCAUCAUUCUGUCCAAGGCCACCUCCCCCAAUGCCGGGCGCAUGAUCUUUUGGUAAAUGAUGGACCACCCACCCACCUGACACACACUCAGCCACACAAACGUAUCGAAUUUUUGUAAAUUAUUAAAAAAACAAACAAAUAAAAACACAAUAAAACGAACGAACUGACAUUAAAAA